AUGCAACCACGAAUGUGGACUGUCUCGAAACUCAGCUCCUACGUAAUGGACGCCUCAGAUCACUCCUUCAAAGUUCUGCAGUUGAUCUCUCACCCUCACUUUGUCUUUGUCGUCAAGCCUCAAGCUUGGGAAAAGCUAGAGCGUCUGAGGGCCCUGGAGGAAGAUGAAAAGAAUAAAAAGUUCCUAUUUUUGACGGAGGAAGAUAUUUUGAGCCUUCGUUGCUUCCAGAAUCAAACACUUAUUGCAAUAAAAGCUCCCCAAGCUAGUUAUAUUGAAGUUAUUGAUCCUGAUGAUGAGGAGGAUACUUGUUUUCCCCAAAAUCAGUUUAGAAUGAUUGUCAGAAGCACUAUAGGACCUAUACAUUUGUACCUCUUGAGAGACAGAGGAGUCAAUCUGCUUCAAGAUCAUGAAUUUUUCAACCAAUUUCAAUUUCCCUCAAGGUUUCCCGAUCAGAUUACACGAACACCAACUUUCAAUUGGUAA